GGAACACGGCCAGUGCAUUUUCCAUUUCCUGCCUAUGUGCACUGAUGUGGGCGCUCACGUUCCCUGCUGAACGACAUUCGCCGAGAGGACUUUGGCAGACCUUGGAAGAAAAACACACACAAACGCCGACCUUUCCAACCAGAGAGAGAGAGAGAGAGAGAAAACAAGAAGAUGGCGGCGAUGUGGCCUGCUCGGGUGUGGAAAUCUCCGGGGCUGUUAGCACGAAGUUCGGUGGCACUGACUUUCAGCAGAGCAAAUAGCAAAGGAGAGGAACAGGACAAAGGAUGGUUUAGGUCAUUAUUUGUCCACAAAGUUAAUCAGAGAAAAGAUGCUCACUCCAAUCUACUUUCCAAAAAGGAGACCAGCAGCUUGUAUAAAAUGCAGUUUCAUAAUGUGAAGCCAGAAUGUCUGGACGCGUACAACAAUUUAUCGGAACAAAUAUUGCAGAAGCUACACAAUGAUCCUGACUACCCAUGUGAGAUCGUAGGGAGCUGGAAUACCUUGUAUGGUGAACAAGAUCAAGCAGUGCAUUUGUGGCGGUUUUCUGGUGGUUAUCCUGCUUUGACAGAUGCUAUGGAGAAGCUAUUACAGAAUAAGGAAUAUUUGGAAUAUCGAAAGGAGAGGAGCAAGAUGUUGCUGUCUCGUAAAAACCAGCUACUGUUGGAAUUCAGUUUCUGGAAUGAACCAUUACCAAGACCGGGACCUAAUAUUUAUGAACUUAGGACAUAUUUUUUAAAGCCGGGGACCAUGAUUGAAUGGGGAAACAACUGGGCGCGAGCCAUUCGAUUCCGUCAGGAAAACAACGAAGCUGUUGGUGGAUUCUUUUCACUGGUUGGUGACCUAUACGUGGUGCAUCAUCUUUGGGCUUACAAAGACCUUGCAUCCAGACAGGAAACACGGGAUGCAGCCUGGCAAAAGCCUGGAUGGGAUGAGUGUGUCUAUUAUACAGUUCCCUUGAUCCGCUACAUGGAAUCUAGGAUUAUGAUGCCACUCAAAAUCUCCACUUUACAAUAAUGAUCUCGGUGGUUUUCUUGGAUAUAAUUCGAAUUGGACAAUAGUCCUCCACAGAUUGAAUAUAAUCCUCAGUGUUUUUCUCAAAUGUUAGCCUUCAACUAAAAUGUAACCAUCCUCAUGGAAAUAUUGGUGUUUACUAGAUGUAUAGUAGCAGGCUGCACUUUAACCAUCAUUUACAGAAUCAAAGAAUCGUUUGUCAUUUGAAAAUAUUUCAGUUCUGUUGUCAGUAAUUAUAAUGCUGGAUUAAUUCCACUUUUUCUAAUGUUCUGAUGUGUCAAUUUUCAGGUGCUUAUAUUGAUACAAAGAUAGACUACUGCUGAGUCAAAGCACAAAUGAUAUUUUCUGUUAACGUUUUACAAUAUGUGGCCAUUUAUCACUUUAAAUGGGACAGUAUUGCUGUUUUAUACAUACCUGUAGAUUCUAUUAAUGCUUGACAACAGGGAAGCAAAUGUUCACUUGAAAGCUACUGAAUGAUAUUAAAAUAUUUUAAAAUGUUCCAGUAACUCAACAUGGGUAUGUUUGGAAUACAUUGUAGUUUGUGUUGUCAAGCAUCUACAACAAGUAACUCUCACUUUCGCUAAUUCCUUGAAAUGUUCCCUUUUUUAGUGGAUGUUUUAUAUAAAUUGUACUUCCCAUUAGAUAAAAUGAUAAUUAAUGACUAAUCAAUAUGAAUUGUCAUAAGUAGACCAAUGAAAAUUAAGGCCACAAAUUGGCUGAUGUUAAAAACAAAAUUUGGUGCUGCAAUAAAAUUGAGACUUAUUUUUAAAGAAAAUUACAUUUCAAUGGAAGCUGCUUAUGUGACUGAUGCUGUAUUCUGCAUAUUUUAUAAUCCAGACUGGGAGAUGAUUUACUGCAUCAGAUGCUCAAUAGAUCUUGAAUUACUUCAUAAUCUGUUUACAGUUGAGGUCUUGACAAUGUGGUGUUGAUUUUUUGUGAUUGAUGUUUGUGAUGUAUUUUUAAAGAAAGUGUACAAAUUUUAAUUCUAAAACUAAUUAAAAUUUACAUUUUUGA